AUGCCUUUCUCACUUAAAAUGUUAGGCUGGGUUUACACUAGCAACAUAUUGCAGCAAUUUACUUGCGCGGAGGAACUUGCCGCGCGAGUUGCGAGUGUAAACUUAUCGCCAAGUCGACUUGCGACCGUAGCAAUUUAUUGCGGAAGUUGCUUGCUGUACGUUUUCCGCUUCCAGUGUGAACACCACGCAAGAGCUAUCUCUAUCUCACGUAUUAUAUACCAACAAAUUUCAGAAAUGGAGGAGAAACGAGAAUGGACGAAACAGGACACAGAAAAUUUUAUUGAAGCUGUGGAGAGCUUCCCCGAAAUUUGGGACGUACAUAAUCGGGACUUUAAGGAUCGAAUGAAGAAGAUGUGUGCAUUGAACGAAAUCUCGUCAAUAUUCGACACCUCAGUGAAAGAGGUACAAAGAAAGUGGCAUAAUUUAAAGACCCAAUUUUCUCAAGAAGUUAGGAAACUGCAGAAAAUUAAAAGCGGCUCUCCUGGCGUAGUUUCGGAUUCUCGGUGGCCGUAUUUUUCAGCAAUGAAAUUUCUAGAGAGUAGUGUUGCCACAACCUCUAACAGAAUAUCUUCGCUAUCAACAAAGGAAGAAGAAAUAGUUACAGGAGAUGAUGUGCCUGUUGCUAAUGAGGGGAAGAAACGAAAAAGAAAGGAGACUAAAGGAAGUGGUAAUGGACUCAUUGAAAAGGCAGAAAAAAUUCUGGGCCAGGAAAUUGAUGCUUUCCAAACCUUUGGAGAUUAUGUGGCUAGUGAGCUGCGGUCACUAAAGAAUGAAAAAAAUGUAAACAAACUGAAAAUAAUGAUUCUAAAAAACAUCAUUGAAAUAAGCGAGAUUGACAGUGCAGAAAUACCAUCCACUCCAGAUUCGCCAGUGAGAGAGACAAGUGCUGCCAGUCAAUGCGUACUUAAUGUUACAGAUUUUAUAAACAUAGAAUAA